CGUAUGCAAUGUUAUGUAUAUCUCCACUUUGUCCUCUUCCAUGCAUGAAGUUUUUGAACUCUGGACACAUUCGAGCACAGAGGACUGUCUGAGAGGUGGGGCAAAAGCUGGAUUUUCUCAAAGACUCCGAGUUCUCUCAUUUGCAUCUGGAUUAUUUGUAUUAGGAGGACUCCUCUUGUGUGUUUGUGCUUCUUGCAGAUGACAGACGAGCCGUGAGGACUGCCUGAGGAUGAACCUCCACCUUCAGCCUUAAAAAGAAAGAGAGACUCAAGUGAAGCAAUAACUCACUUGCUCCUGCUCUUCACGUAAAUCCUCAACUGUUUUGGCACACUCGUGUUUUUUCUCUGCACGAGGAAGUCUCAAAGCUUUCUUUUGGCUUAAAAGCCUCAUGGCUUUAAGUUCCUCGGAGUCACGUCCUGCAAUUGUCUCUGGAGUGGGGGUGGACAGGGGAGAGUGACGGAGCGUUUGAGUCACUCUCAGUGGCGUUUCAGCAGAGGGCAAAAGGCAACUUGGUUGUCUAGUCUCCUGAGGGCAACCGAAGCCACACGUGUGGGCCAUGUGUGCCGCAGCGUUGGAGGAGUACUGUGGCUCCGUUUUCUGGAAUGACUCAUAUGUGAACAGAGAAGACCCAGACCUGCCAGUAUGUAUGCAGCAGACGGUGCUGGUGUGGAUCCCCCUGGGCUUCCUGUGGCUCUGUGCCCCGUAUCACCUGGUGUCUCUCUGCAGGAGGACGAAAGUGGAGAGAGGACACUUGUCCAAGCUCUACCUCUACAAACAGCUUUUGGUGUCUCUAUUGUUCCUGACGGCCAUUGCGGACCUUGCAGUCACAAUAGGAGAGAACUAUGGUCCACACGAAGGCAACCCUUCAACGGAGAAAUACCCUGCUGUAUACUACGUAAACCCCGGCCUGUAUGCUGUCACAUGGAUCCUUCUGUUGUUGUGCCAGGAAGCAGUGAGACGAAUGGAAGGAGCAAUUGACUCCACCACUCUCUUCCUCUUCUGGUUGCUGCUCUGUGUGUGCAACAUCUUCCCUUUCCAGUCCUUGACACGAGAGGCAAUCAAGCCGGAGGGAGUGAUCAGUGAUGUCCCUCGGUUUUGCCUUUUCUUCAUUUCCUUUGGGCUCCAAGUGAUUGCACUUAUUCUCUCUGCUGUGGCUGAUGUCCCCCCAGAAAUGGAGGAGUCAGUAAAAAAGAAUCCUGAGGCUGGUGCUGCAUUUCUGAGCAGAAUCACCUUCAACUGGUUUAACAGUAUGGUGGCAAAGGGCCACAAGCAGACGCUGACUCAGGAGGACCUGUGGGACCUGAAAGAGGCUGACAGCACUGGUUCCAUCAGCAAAGUAUUUCACUCUUUCAUGCAGUUGGAUGUGGCUGCAGCUCGCGUUCGCCUCCAAGCCCGACUGAAGAAGAAACGGGAAAAGCGCAGUGCCAAAGCCAAGGGAGAGGCCUUCGAAAAUGGCUUCAGCAACGGCCUGAGUGCAGGCGUCAGUCAGGAUGUGUUGAUGAUGGAGAAAAAGGGAGAGAAAGCAGAUAAAAAAAAGAAAAACGGGGAGAAAGCUGACUAUCCGAAAUCGUGGCUGUAUCCAACAAUUUUCAAGAGCUGUAAAAAGGAUUUCCUUAUAUCUGCCCUCUUCAAAGUUGUGCAGGACAUACUGGUUUUUGUCAGCCCUCUAAUUCUGAAAGCGAUGAUCUCCUUCACUCAGGACAAAUCCAACUAUGUCUGGGAGGGAUACAUCUAUUCACUGUUGCUCCUGCUGGUGGCCAUUCUGCAGUCCCUGUGCCUGCAGCAGUACUUCCAACACUGCUUUUUGCUGGGGAUACAGGUCCGCACCGCCAUCAUGGAUGCUGUGUACAAAAAGGCACUGGUGAUGUCUAAUGACAACCGCAAAGAGUCGACGGUCGGAGAAACGAUGAACAUGAUAUCAGCUGAUGCCCAGCGCUUCCACGAUGUGACAUCUUUCUUCCACCUGAUUUGGUCCUGCCCUCUGCAGAUCAUCUUGUCCGUUGCUUUCCUGUGGAUGGAAAUCGGACCUUCUGCAUUAAUAGGACUGGCAGUCAUGUUGUUGGUGGCGCCGAUGAAUGUGCUGCUCACCACAAAGGCCAGACUUUUCCAGAUAGACAACAUGACGUGUAAAGACAAGAGACUGAAGAUUAUGAAUGAAAUACUCAAUGGGAUCAAGAUUUUGAAGCUGUAUGCAUGGGAGCCAUCCUUCCAGACGCAGGUCGAAAGCAUCAGGGAGGAAGAACUUAAAGUCAUGAAAAAGUUUGCCUAUUUGUCUAGUGUCUCUAGCCUCAUUUUCACAUGUACUCCAGUUAUGGUUUCUGUGCUCUCAUUCGCGGUGUACGUUUUGUUGAGCCCAGACAAUAUUUUGACUCCUGAGAAGGCUUUUACUUCCAUCACGAUUUUUAACCUCCUACGAUUUCCCCUCUCUAUGAUGCCCAUGGUCAUCGCUAUGAUAGUUCAAACAGAAGUGUCUAAGGAUCGCCUGGAAAAGUUUCUGGGAGGUGAAGACCUUGAAAGUGACCUUGUGGGGCAUGACCCCAGUUGCGACUCUGCUGUCAGUGUAUGUGACUGUUCCUUUGCUUGGGAAAGAGAUGCUGAACCUCUGCUUAAAGACAUGUCCUUAGACAUUAAGCCUGGUCGGUUGGUAGCAGUAGUGGGAGCAGUGGGCUGCGGAAAGUCGUCUCUCAUAUCAGCCCUCCUGGGAGAGAUGCACAAGGUCAAGGGUUCUGUCAACAUUCAGGGUUCCCUUGCAUAUGUGCCACAGCAAGCCUGGAUCCAAAAUGCCACUCUAAGGGAUAAUAUCAUGUUCGGCUCUCCCACUGAGGAGAGGAGGCUGCAGGAGGUGAUUGAGGCUACUGCCCUGUGCCCUGACCUGGAACUGCUGCCUGCUGGAGACAUGACUGAGAUUGGAGAGAAGGGCAUCAAUCUCUCCGGAGGUCAGAAGCAGCGUAUUAGCUUGGCGAGAGCAGUUUAUAGUCAGGCUGAUGUUUAUCUGUUGGAUGACCCCUUGUCUGCAGUGGACUCUCAUGUGGGAAAACACAUCUUUGAUAAAGUGAUUGGACCUAAUGGACUUCUCAAAGAUAAGACUCGUGUCCUGGUGACUCAUGGCAUGAGCUUCCUGCCUUACGUUGAUGAAGUAGUGGUGUUGCUGGAUGGAGUGAUUUCUGAGGUUGGAUCCUACAAGAGCCUGCGCGCCAGCAAAGGGGCUUUUUCUGAGUUUCUCGACACAUAUGCCCAAGAAGAAAGAAAACGGACCUAUUCAGACAGUUCCCAAGACACAACAGACUUGCCUCUCGUCUCUGAAAGCGAGGACACCCAGGUUGACUCGGCUUUGGAGGACACGGUUACUGUGACACUGAAGAGAGAAAACAGCCUCCGCCGCAGCAAGAGAUAUGGAAGUAUCAGAAAAAGAAAAAACAGUGGUUUAAAAGAACCAGAGUCUGCUGGUAAAUCAAAGGAAGGCGAGAGGAUAAUAGAGAAGGAAACUAUGGAAACAGGACAGGUGAAGUUCUCAGUGUAUCUUCAGUACAUGCGAGCCAUCGGCUGGGUGUAUUCCAUCGGCGCUGUGGGGUUCUUCACUGCCUUUAGCAGCACUGUUGUGGGUCAGAAUAUAUGGCUGAGUGAAUGGACCAAUGAUGCAGUGGUCUACUACAACAGGACAUACCCUGACUCUAAGAGGGAUACCAGGAUAGGAGUGUAUGCAGCUCUUGGAUUUCUGCAGGCUAUUUUUGCGUUCCUUGCAACACUGCUCUUAGCCAGUGGUUCAAUCACUGCCUCUCGUAUUCUGCACUCAAGACUCCUCAACAACAUACUGCGAGUUCCAAUGGUGUUCUUUGACACUACGCCACUCGGAAGAGUGGUCAACCGCUUUGCAAAGGACAUUUACACGAUAGACGAAGCCAUUCCUAUGUCUGUUCGCUCCUGGAUCCAGUGCCUGCUGAGUGUACUGUCGACACUGAUGCUCAUCUGGAUCACCACUCCUAUCUUCAUCGCCAUCACCGUUCCUCUGGCUGUGGUCUACUACAUCGUACAGCGCUUCUAUUUAAGGUCUUCAAGACAGCUACGUCGGCUGGACUCGGUGUCUCGCUCUCCUAUAUACUCUCACUUUGGUGAGACAGUGUCGGGUCUGUCAGUGAUAAGAGCCUACGGACAUCAAGAGAGGUUUCUCGAAAAGAAUGAAACCAUUUUGGAUGAAAACCUCAGGAGCGUCUACCCAUGGAUAAUGUCAAACAGAUGGCUGGCGAUCCGUCUUGAGUUCAUAGGAAACCUGGUGGUGUUUUUUUCGGCUCUGUUAGCUGUAAUAUACAGAAAUACCCUGGACAGCAGCUUGGUCGGCCUGUCGAUAUCCUCCGCCCUUAAUAUAACGCAGAGCCUCAACUGGCUGGUGAGAAUGAACACAGAGCUGGAGACCAACAUUGUAGCUGUGGAGAGAGUGAGCGAAUACUCUGAGAUAGAAAACGAGGCUGAGUGGGUAAAUGAUAACCGACCUCCAGAGAACUGGCCCGAGGAAGGAAAGCUGGAGUUUGACAACUACAUGGUCCGUUAUAGACCUGGAUUAGACCUAGUGCUGCAUGGAAUCUCCUGUGACAUCAAGGGCACUGAGAAGAUUGGUAUAGUGGGCCGGACAGGAGCUGGGAAAUCGAGCCUAACAAACUGCCUGUUCCGAACUAUUGAAUCUGCUGGAGGUCGCAUCAUCAUUGACGGUAUAGAUAUCUCCACCAUCGGCCUGCACGACCUGAGAAGCAGGCUCACGAUCAUACCACAGGAUCCAGUGUUGUUUUCCGGGAGCUUGAGGAUGAACCUGGACCCAUUUGACAGAUUCAGUGAUGAGAACAUCUGGAGAGUGCUGGAGCUCUCCCAUCUGACGGACUUUGUAGGGGGGCUGUCUGAAAAAUUACAAUAUGAAGUCACAGAGGGAGGAGAGAACCUCAGUGUUGGGCAGAGACAGCUGCUGUGUCUGGCUCGAGCGCUGCUGAGAAAGUCUCGUAUCUUAAUCCUGGAUGAGGCCACAGCUGCUGUCGACCUGGAGACGGACAGCCUGAUCCAGAAAACCAUCCGCAAGGAGUUUGCGCAGUGCACCAUCCUCACCAUUGCCCACCGCCUGCACAGCAUCUUGGACAGCUCCAGGGUAAUGGUGCUGGAUGCUGGUCAGAUUGUGGAGUUUGAUUCUCCGAGCAACCUGUUUGAAAAACGAGGUCUGUUCUACGCCAUGUCCAAGGAUGCUGGGAUAACAGGGGGAAAUGUCACUGCCCUCUAGUUCUACACUUCUUUUUGUUUUGUUUUUAGGAUGAUUAAAUAAUUUAAUAGCUUUUUCGCUUAAAAUGUGUUUGUUUUUUUAAUUGUACUUUGUGCUUUGAUUUAUCAAAUUUUUGGAUUUUUCUAUCUAUAGGAAAGAAUGUUAUUGAUGUUAUUCAAACAUACUGUAUAUACAUAAUAUAUUGUGUAUAUACUAUUAUGCACAAAGGGAUCAUAUGUAAACAGUUUUAUUUGUGAAGAAUAAAUUGUAUUUCUCAAA